AUGUCCAAGUCUAUUGCUGUAAUCGCCGCGGGCGCCCCCGCUGCUCUGGUGCAGGCUGCGUCCGCCAUGGUGACCAAGGCGACUGGUGGUGCUGUGCAGGCGAUGCAGGCGACCUCGGCUGCGUCCAAUGCCAUCGUUGUCGGCAUGCAGGCCCCGCGCGGCGUGUACGCGUGCGUCGCCGAGCCGCCUAGCACGACCAGCGGCCCAUACGCAGGCGUGAAGACGGUUGUGGUGCGCGCCAUCCUCCCGCGCAGUGCGCCAGACACGAUGCAGGUGCGCGACAUACUGGACGUGUACCCGGCCUCCGGUAUUACGUGCGAGAAGGAGAUAGCAGAGGCGGUGGAGAACUUCAAAAAGGCGGCCAAGGUGGCUGUAGAGAAGGCGAAGGCAAUGAAAGCGGCGCGUGUGACGCUCGUAAUGAAGCCGGCGACCAAGUACGAGCGCCUGAAUGGCCUCUUCCGCGAGACGUGCACCAAGACGAUAGAGGCAGCCGGCCUCUCCGUCGAGACGUCCACCACGGCCGCGGCGACGAACACCCUCAUCAUGUUUCCGGAGAAGAUGAGCGUUGUCAUGGUGAGCGACGACCCCGUCUGCGAGAACGUCCAGUACGCGUUUGCUGGCGUCGUCGGCGGCGUUCACACUACCUACUAUACCGACGCCGGUAGCAAGAUCCACGGCGGACACAGCUACAAGUCCGUCGCGCUGGCGCUGGCAGAGGAGCUCAGGUCCCUAGGCAUGAAGGCGGAGGCAGCGAAGGUGGAGGCGGCCGCACAGAAGAGCCCCCGCAAUGCGGCUGCUGCCAUGUAG